GCCAACCAGUGGGCGGAGUCUAAACUUUGCAGGUGCGCGUGACGUCACUCGUCAACUGGUCUAUACAUUCAGUUGAAACAUCAUAAUAUCUGUUUGCAUGCUCUAAUUUACAGCACCAGCAGGUUGAAAGAGUAGAGACUAAAGUGAAAGAGAAAGGGACUCAGUUCCAUAAAUUGAUCCUGAUUUAUACUGUGGGAUUAACUGCUAUUUGAAUUUUCGUCUGCAUGUAUUUCAUUAUUGACUGAAAAGCAUUCCUACAUUAAUAACAGAAGUGAACUGUGAACUAUCUUAUUGAUGAUGUUGUCUUGUUUUUUGGGAUACAUCCGGGUUACAGUAUAAUGAACUAUUUUAACAGAAUUAUACUUUAACUACUUUAGCAUGUAAAACUUCAUACACUAGAGUAUCCAAAUUGGCAACAGGUUUUUUGUUUUUUGUUGUGAAACAUUGGCCUAUGGUUGAAAAGUUUUAUCGCACAUACAUGUAUUGUGUUUGAAUUUAUCUGCGUUUCAGUGUUAAUUUAACUUCUAAGGUUGAUAAACUUUUGGAACUAGCUUUAAUUCUUUCAUAUUUUACAAGAAAUAUACUUGAACGAUUUGAACAAAAAGGUUUUAACUUUAUAAACAGUAACAAAAUGGCUACAGGUUCAUUGUCUUCGGUUCCAAAACGUUUGCGUAUGGUUGAAUACUUUUCUUGCACAUGUUGUUUAGAGCAGAAUCUUACGGAAUCUGCAGACAUUUAUUGUGAAAAAUGUUUAAGGUUUUAUUGUAAAAAAUGUGUUAUCCUGCAUAGUCAGUUGUUUACAAAACAUAUGACAUGUGGAAGGGAGGAUAUUAAGAAAUGGCCAGUUUCUAAGACGGUGGAAGAUUUUCUCAGGAAGUGUGAGGUGCAUGAGGAUGAAACACUGACACAGUUUUGCCAUGACCACCGUCAGCUGUGCUGCUCUGCAUGUGUUGGAACAAUUCACAGCCAGUGCAGUAAAGUGACUCCAAUUAAUGAGCUGACUAACACGCAGCCCACAGACCUACAGGGACUGUCAGUGAAGCUGGAAACUGUCCUGGGAGAAAUCAUAGGCCUUCAGAUCAGUCAGGAGGCCAGCAUUCAGUCAAUGCAGAGAACAUACAAGGAACAUAGUGCAGUUAUGAUAGAGCAAAUGCGUGGCAAUUUAAAUACUUAUAUAGAUGAAUGUGAUAAUAAUUCUGUGGGAACAUGUAGGAAUGUUGUUUCUAUCGUGAAUGAAUUCAAUACUAUUACUGCGAAGGAACUUAACGAGAUGAAAGAUGAAGUUAUAAGCAUUAAAGGGUCAGUUACAAGUUCUAUUCAUAAAUGCACCAGUCUUCACAAUGACUUGUCACAUUUCCAUGAAAUUUUUGAGAAAAUUGGAGAUCAUAAGGAGCUCUGCCUUAUAGCCAGCAUAAAAUGUAAGCAUAUAAUACAGCAGGCACUGACUCUGCUGGGAAGGUCAGGGAAGGUGUUUAAUGUCCAGAGUAAUACUGAGCACAAUGUGAGAAUACCAAGUGAUUCAUAUGUAAAGACAUGUUGUAUCACAGGCAUAUGUGUUCUGACUGAUGGGCAGGUUCUGGUCGCAGACUGGCAAAAUGGUAAAGUCAAGCUGCUGAACCAGCAGUACCAGGUGGUAAGUUACUGGGAUGUGACUGCUACUAUAUAUGACAUGUGUCUCAUCACACCCAGUGAGGUUGCUGUGGCUGUGCAUGAGAAUGCUAGCAACACUCAUGAGGUCCAGUUUAUCAAAGUCACCCAAAGCCAGCUCAUUCCAGGGAGGAAGCUUAAGUUACAACAUGAAUGUUAUGGUAUUGCCCAUCACCAGGGUGAACUGUUUAUCUGCUCUGGUACUGCUCUGUUCGAGUACAUUCUGAAUGGCAAACUAGUCUGCAGACUCUAUGAAGACAGAUCAGCUUAUAAUACAGAUCCGUAUGGUGUUUGCUUGGUGUCCCAGUCUAACUCUGAGAGGGAGAAUGCACCAGACGGCCGCGACUUUGACAAUGUAUACAAGUGUGCUGUGAGUCCCACAGGAGACAGGCUGUACAUCAUCAGCAGGUACCAGCACAUGCUUCUCACCAUGGCCAGGGAUGGCACACUCCUGGCUACAUUUACAGACCUAGCACUAGGUGGCCUACAUGGUCUACAUGUGACCCCUGCAGGCCAGGUGCUGUUCUGUGGAGGCUGGUCCCACUCUAUACUCCAGGUGGGCUGGGAGGGAAAGAGUAUGCUGGUCAAUCUGGCUACAGUCGAGAGGUAUGGAAGGAGGAAGCCAUUGUCAGUCUGCUACAGCAGCACAACAUCAUCCAUCAUUGUGGGACAGUUGGGGAGAGACAACAUCCUGGUGUUCAGGGUGGAAUAGUGUGUACAUUCGCUGCUGAGUCGGGACAAUGAUGCUAAAGAUGUGUUGGACAAGAAUAAGCUGAAUACACACAAGGUCCAAUAUCUGAAACACCGCCAUUUUCCAGUUGAGAGGCCUAUGAUGGAGAUACCAAAAAACACCAAGAUACCAAGCCCCAGUCUUGCUACCAAGCCCCGUGUCCACCCCACCUAGAAGUCAGACCCCUCCGUCUUCAACCAUGCCACGUAACCACAGGGGCGUUAACUAGGCCUUGAACCAAGACAGGGACUUUAAGGCAGUUUUGGGUGUCCUGAUCCAAUACUGCUCAUUCACAACUGCUCAGAAUUGACGGUACCCUCUGCUGGCAUAUCUGAGGACGUCCUUGUCUUCAAAUCAGUCCCCUGUGUCCACUCUGGUCCCAUGGGAAUGUAUUCGAAUCUCCAGUAGAGCUACCAAAACCAACAAAGCAACUACCCACAUCCAAACUUGCUAGUUUACCCUAUACAUUUAACACAGCAGGAAAAUAAAAUACUUAUAACGAUUAUGGUGGAUAUCAAACCUGGCUCAUACAAAAUAUACAUCCUCAGGCACAGCAACAGUUUUAAACGCCGCAAACUUAUGCUAGUGUAGCAGAAGAGAAGAAAUGCUGACUAGAAUUUUGUUGUAGCUUGACAGUGAGAAAAGUGGAUAUGAUUUAGCUAUAAGAAAUUUAAGGUGGUGCUUUUGUAUUUCAAUGAAGGGUUAGGUGUUCAUGAACGUGUAUCAAGCCAAACCUCUAUUUGUAUAAUGCCUACGAGCCUGUCGGUGGGAAAGCGUGGCUAAAUGCAUGUGUGUUAAGUGGCAGUCUGCAAAGGCUAAUCAGGGACGAUAUUUUUUGCCCAGACUAGAUUUCUCAUUUGGAAAAGACUACCUUUAGACAAAAAUUCCAUAAAAGAGUGUAGUCACUGAUUAAGACUGCAUUGGCUACCCGGAGUGUAGUCACUGAUUAAGACUGCAUUGGCUACCCGGCACAAAGAGUGUAGUCACUGAUUAAGACUGCAUUGGCUACCCGGCACAAAGAGUGUAGUCACUGAUUAAGACUGCAUUGGCUACCCAGCAUUAAAGAGUGUAGUCACUGAUUAAGACUGCAUUGGCUACCCAGAGUGUAGUCACUGAUUAAGACUGCACUGGCUACCCUGAGAGUGUAGUCACUGAUUAAGACUGCAUUUGCUACCCGGCACAAAGAGUGUAGUCACUGAUUAAGACUGCAUUGGCUACCCUGAGAGUGUAGUCACUGAUUAAGACUGCAUUGGCUACCCGGCACUCUACUGUAGUCACUGAUUAAGACUGCAUUGGCUACCUGGCACUUUACUUUACUCACAUGCAUUAAGCAUGUUUUUAUGCUCCCCCCAAAAAAUUGGGGGGGGGGGGGAGCAUAUAGUCGCCGCUUCGUCCGUCCGUGCACAAUUUUUGUCCGGGCUAUUUCUCAGCAACUAAUGACCGGAAUUCAAUGGAACUUUAUGGGAAGCUUCACUACCAAGAGGAGAUGUGCAUAUUAUCAGCGGGUUCUAGUCGGAUGAUUUUUCAGAGAGUUAUGGCCCUUUGAAAUUUUCCAUUAACUGUACAUAUAGUGCAAUUCUUGUCCGGGCUAUUUCGCAGCAAUUAAUGACCGGAAUACAAUUAAACUUUAUGGGAACCUUCACUACCAAUAGGAGAUGUGCAUAUUAUCAGCCGGUUCUGGUGGGAUGAAUUUUCUUAGAGUUAUGGCCCUUUGAAAUUUUCCAUUAAAUGUACAUAUUGUGCAAUUCUUGUCCGGGCUAUUUCUCAGCAACUUAUGACCGAAAGUCAAUGAAACUUUAUUAGAAGCUUCACUACCAAGAGGAGAUGUGCAUAUUAUCAGCCGGUUCUUGUCGGAUGAUUUUUCACAGAGUUAUGGCCCUUUGAAAUUGUCCAUUGUACAUAUAGAGCAAUUCUUGUCUUGAACAGUAAAGAUUGACAUUGGAUUCAUUCAUGCAAAGUGGCUGCUUUAUCAAGCUAGCACAAAAUCUUAAUAUUAUUCAUUGAGACCAAGAUAUUUCUACAGCCCACCAGUACAAAGAUGAAUUGAAUAUAAAUUAACUGGUUCAGGGCAUUUGGAUUGUACUACAUUUUGUUAAGUUUUUAGGUGAUAACACCUGAUUUAGUAUCCACUAUUAGAUAAUUGUUUCAGACAUUGUAUUCUUGUUUUGAUGAAAUAUAAAAUGUUAUUAUAUUAAAAUAGCCGAGAUGCAAAUACAACAAGUCAGAUUAUGUCGCAAACAUGCAUUAUUCAGAUCAAGUGUUGAAAAUCAUGAAGUUGUCAUAUUUUUUUUUUACCAACUCAGUACUUUCCCCAGGCCAUUUAACAGUAAAUUGUGUGUGAGGGGGGGGGGGCUUGAAUGUGGAAAUCAGAGUCCCUGUGACGUUUGAAAUUUUCUGAUUAAUGUAUUUUUUUUCAGUUAAUGAAACUUGCCUUUUUGGGGAUUAUGCAAAGUUUGCAAAUCCUUGUUGUCUCAUGUAUACAUUUGUUGCUAGAUUACGUAGUUUCGGAUCGAUAAAAAUAAUUGAAGAUAUAGUGUAACCAUUUGUUUAAUACUUAGAUGAUAAAAAAAGUUCACGUUGAUGAACAUUUUGUUUGAAUUUUGUUUUUGUUUACUUUUUUCAUGAUAAUGGCAUAUUUAUUUAGUAUACCACUGUGACAAAAUGUCCACUUGUUAUGUUCAGCGUUGUUUAUAAAUAUACUUGCUAAUGUGCAAUGCAUAGUUUACAGUAAAGUUGGCAGACAAUAGUGUUGAGAUGUCUCAGAUUGCAGACUUUAAAUGUAACAAUAUUAAAUAGUGAUUAUAGGCAGUUAAUUUGUUCUCCAGAUGUCAGAGGAAUAUUCUGUUAAGUUUGGAAGAUAGCCUUAGGAUACAGACAUAAGAACGUGUAUUCAUAUCAUGCAUAGUAACUGUUUCAUUUGUUGAUGUUAUGUGUAUUUGUUAUUGAACUUGUGUUCAAUGUUUUAUUUCACUCAUGUGAAUAAUCAUACUUCAUAGUAAUGACAAAUACUUAUGUGCGCUAUACUAUUUAAUGAUGUUACUGCGUUGGUGGCUCAAGCGAGACUGGCUUAUCAGCUCAAUGUACAGUAUAAUAGUCAGGUUAUUCAAGCAUGCAACUAUCUAUAGUCUGCAGGGCUCAACAUUAACAGAAAAACCAACUUGCCCUACCGUGCAAGUACUUAGAAAAUCUACUUGCCCUGAACGUAAAGCUGCUUGCCCAAACAUGAAAUAUCACAUUUACUGUAAACCUCAUAUUUUUUUAUAAAGAUCAAAGUGAUACACCACAAAACCUUUUUUGUUUUUGAAAAUUUAACAAAAUGAUUACUGCAAUUAAAGUCUAAUGAAAGUCUAAAUUACAUGCUCUUUGUUGUUUUUUUUCACUUGCCCGGGUGGACAACUAGAUUAUAAAAUAACUUGCCCGGACCCAACAUUUGCUUGCCAGGGGCAAUAGGACAACUGUUAAUGUUAAGCCCUGGUCUGUAUUUAGUUACACUAUGCAACAGUAAUAUUGAACAUUCAAAUUCACAAAAUACAUUUCAUAAGGGACUAACGUCUUAAAUUUAUAGUUUGUUUACGUUGAAAAACCCCAUCUAAAGUCUGAAAUUGGGAGGAUAUUGAAUACAGUUUUGUAAAUAAUGGCAAUAUGAACAAUUGAAAUAGUUGUAAGCUAGUUGUAUCAAAGUUAUUAAAUUGUAUCAUACAUGUAGAUAAACCUUGUAUACAUACAUUUUCUGGCCAAUAUGUAUCUGUGCUUUACAUUAUUUAUUGUUAUUGGUUUGAUAUUUGAUAGUGUUACAUAUCGUGUUAUGAAUACAAUGUAAAUAUGAUUUUAUUUUAAACCGAUUAAAUUGUAUUGUUUGCAUUUUAUUAAAUGUAUGACAUUUCAGCCUCUCUAUAUUUAAAACAAUGUUGAAUU